GUUUAUCGUAACUGCCUAUCCACGACCUACUAUUUGUGUACAUAGACAUCCUGAUCUUACCGGAUACACUACGCUAUCUAGAAUUUGUUUUAUUAAAGGCGCGACACAUAUACUUUUUAGUUUUGAGCUCAUAUUCUGCCGUGCUCCAACGCUCCAGGCUACUCCAGCACUACUCUAGCUCGCCCUCGCUGGCAUGCGCUCUCGCAAGAAGUCAAAAACACACCAUCGUCACACGAACGGUGAGACCAAUGAUGAUAUCUCGAUAGGACUCGAUCAUUCUGUCACUGACGGAUCUUCACCCAACGCGACCGGUUCUGCUUCCCUAACAACCCCAACCUCCGACCUCUCACUCGUCUCGAAUACCGCGGGUGCAACUGACGCACAAGUCUCGGGCAAGAAAUCAAGACGAAGCUGGCUUGGGGAAGGUGGAAGCUGGCGAUCAAAGGCACCGGCAAUAGUGAAGACUGCACGAGAAAGUAUCGGCGUUACUGGAGGAGCGACAGCGGAGCUGCCAAACGAGACCACUGAACAUGCCGAGGUGCCCCGUAAGGAUGUCCCAGCUAAGCAUGACUCUGCCGACCAGACAAAAGAAGUAUCUACAACUAGCGCAGCUCCACAUCAGCAGACAAAAGAAUCAAACCCCAGCUGCAGUGAACCACCACUCCCUCCAUACCCAAGAAACGCGGAAAGAAUAACUAUAUCUAAUCCUUUCGCCUGGCGUGGGUGGUGGACUCGUCCAGACAACUAUACAGACUCUACAAAAACGGAAAGGGAUGAGACGCCGAGUGCAAUAACCGAUAAUGCGCAGAAAGUUCCGCUUCCAGUUACACCAUCUGAUACAGGCAAUGCGCAAGAUUUAAAGGAACCCGAAGAUGCUACUUCACAUUCAGGGUCUCAGAUGAGCUCUGGUUACCAUGCAAACACGGAACACGCGUCGGCCCAGCAAUCCGGGUCUUUGUCCGCCAGUGAAAGAACGGAUUCCAUCCAACCUCAAGGUGAAGCACCAUUGGAAGUGGCCCCGAUUCAGAAAAGUUCUGGUAAAUCCUGGUUCUGGCUCUGGAGUAAUACUCAAAACGGACAGGCUCAGGCAUCCACUCAAACAGCACCAACCCACGAUUCUCAAGACGUCCAAUCUGAGUCAGCUCAGCUUUCCACGUCUCAAGGGGGUGCUGCGGAAAACAUGAGCCAAGAACCAUUGGGAAGUGCUCUUAUGGACGAGGCCAGCUCUCCUGUAGCGCAAAAGCCCUCAGGUUGGGCGUUCUGGUCGCGCGACCGACCAAAAGCUGACCAAAAGUUGGAUGAAGGUUCUCGAAAACAAGUAGGUGAGGUAGCAGUCUUUGAUACGCCAUCGCAAUCGCAACCUGAGGCUGCCCAAUUCAAUGAACAUCAAGGAGAUCACCACACAGGCUCGCAAAACACAUCAAAAGUCCUGUUAAGUCGCACGAGCAGUCAGAAAGCAUCCAGAACCUCGAAAUCUCAGAACACUGCAGCUAAUGUAAAACCGGAUGCGCCCGUAACCAAUAACGAACAUGCUUCUGGAGAGGCACGAGUUUCCCCUACCCACUCCUCUACGCAAGGCUCAACACUUGCAACGCCACCUUCAGCAGGUUCCACGGAUGCCAAGUCUCCUGCAAACCUAUCAGCGCACCCAGAAAACUUACUCCUUCCUGAGUUUAGCAAUACAUAUCAACUAGUGCAGAAGCCUACUUACUGGCAAAUGAUUCGUAAAUACUUUGUCGGAGGGGAGAAAGCCACUCCCCACCUACACAUUAGCCCCGACAUACCCAGGAUACAGAGAGCCGUUGCCAUUGGGGUUCAUGGUUACUUUCCAGCUCCAAUAUUUCAACGAGUCCUAGGCCAGCCUACUGGAACAUCGAUACGCUUCGCUAAUGCUGCCCGCACUGCCAUUGAAGACUGGACCAAGUCGCAUGGUUACUCGGUAGAUAUCGAGCAGAUCGCGUUGGAGGGCGAGGGUUUCAUUGCGGAAAGAGUAAAUACAUUGUGGAAACUUCUCCUCAAUUGGAUCGAACACAUAAAAACCGCGGAUUUCAUCUUAAUUGCCUGUCACUCACAAGGUGUACCUGUGGCAAUCAUGCUUGUAGCGAAGCUGAUACAAUUUGGCUGUGUGAGUGCGGCGAGAAUUGGAGUCUGCGCGAUGGCAGGUGUCAACAUGGGCCCGUUUGCCGAUUACAAGACAAAAUAUUUUGGACCCACCGCUGCAGAACUGUUUGAAUUCGGAGACCCUCACAGUCUUGUCAGUCAGAUGUAUCUUGCUGCGCUUGACGAAGUUUUACGAUAUGGUGUACGAAUUCUCUACGUAGGCAGUAUUGACGAUCAGCUCGUCUCGUUGGAGUCAUCAACAUUCUCGGCCCUCUCACAUCCUUACAUCUAUCGAGCUGUAUUCGUCGAUGGCCGCAUCCAUGCUCCUGAUUUUCUGACACAUCUCGUCGGCUUCACACUGAAGCUACGUAAUCUCGGUCUUCCGGACCACGGCCUUAUUCGAGAGCUUUCUCCAGCUCUGGCUGGUUCACUUUAUGGGGGAGAAGGGCAUUCGCGUGUGUAUGAAGACCCUCGAGUUUAUAAGCUUGCUGUUGAGCACGCAUUGGAAACCACGUCCUUGCCCAUCAGCCCACAGCAGCCUCGCCCAUCGACAUCUGGAUCAUUUGCAGGAAUCACCAUCCCCAUACCAGGCGCCAAAAUUGAGACCAAAGGCAAGUACGCGUUGCAGGUGAAGGAAUACAAGAGUGUUGGGUCGGGUAGCCAGAAUCCAUUUUACCUGCCCUGGGCAAUGCGUGGGCUACUAGAGGAGGAUUUCGUGAGAAAUGAAUCAGAACAAGAAGUGGAGGAGCUCCUAGCAAUGUUCGAGAAAUGGCGACCGAGCACCAAACAACUAAAAGAUGUCAAAUUCAGGCUUGAAGGUGUUCGAAGUAGACUCUAGAAAGUCAUAUCAUUAAAGAUACCCGCAUCCGGGAUGCACUAGUUAUUUGAAACCACCCUUAGAAGGGUGCGUUGUCGCAAUAGUGGCGCUCAUAGACAUUCACAUUUAUGCAGCUGUUCAUAAAGUUGUCUGUAUGAUAUCAUGAAUUCCUUCUUUCAUGCU